AUGGCUAUGAGAACAAAAACAUUGGCGACACGCUCGAACCAUGCGUUGCGCUUGUCAAAAACCGGGGCUGCGGUGAAGACGAUGCUGUCACGUAUUAAUUUGGCUACUCGUGGAAUCAAUUGUGAAACAGAGUAUGGAAGGCAUAUGAAUGAUUUGUCGCGACGUAUCUUCAGUGAACCACAGCGAACAACUGAAUCAAAAAACCUGAAAGUUGUAAGAGUUAUGUCGGAAGAGCCGUUGGAACAACAACCAUUCAAAGCAAUUGAUUAUUAUCCUAAUCAACCGAUGUUCCACUAUCUGACAAAAAUGUUGCGGUUCCAUGGUCUUUAUUUUGAUGAACAUGUUGUAUGGAGAGAAGUGCAGAAUCGACUGAAGUUAGCACGCGGAAAAAUGCUGUAUCCAUCAAUUGGACAAGGCAAAAGGGCUCAGCUCAGAGGAGAGAAGAAAUAA